ACAGGGUAAUGGUCCUGGUGUUUGUCGUUUUCACUUUUUAGAUACACACAUUUCGCCUGAUUUAUAGAACUUUAUUACACAUUUUCCAGGUCAUCUUUAUUCAGAUAUGCCAGAAAAUUACUCUGUAUCGUAUUUAUAUUUUUGUUCUCCUAAUUUGUUGAUUUAAACUCAAAUAAACGAAGAAAGCAACAGGGACUCCAAGUGAAUAAAAUACAUUAUUGUGUGACUAAAAGUGGGCAGCUAUUGCUUUGUUUGACUUGAUGUGAUACGUAUUGCACCCUCUGAAGAAUGGGUAACGUUAAAUAUCUCAGACAGACUGCAUAAUGUGUUUUUUUUACACGUGGAACCAUUUGCAUGUUAGACUUUUGUCCCUACACGGAUUGUUUACGGUAACGGUCAAAAUAAUGAGUGUUUACCUGGCUGUCUUCAUAGUUUUAUCCUAUUUGAUUUGGAUAAAAUGCCUUUACUAUCGACAUCGGCGAACUUUAGUGAAGUCGCUGAAACGUGUCCUGAACGUUUCGUCGAGCAGAGACGCAGACUGCGCAGAUAUCAGAGCUCUGGUUGUUACUGCGCAUCCGGAUGAUGAAUGUAUGUUCUUCGCGCCAACAGUCAUACGACUCGUUCAGUUAAACGCCAGCGUUCAUUUGCUGUGUUUGUCUGAAGGAAACUACUACAAACAAGGAGCUCAGCGUAAACAAGAACUUCUCAACAGCUGUGCCGUGCUGGGGAUACCAGAAUCCAGAAUCACCAUAAUAGACCAUAAAAAACUUCCAGACGAUCCCAAAGCAGAAUGGAGUGUCUCAUUGGUCUCUUCUAUAAUUGUGAAGCACAUAAGAGUUCACUCCUUCAACAUGGUGCUGACCUUCGAUGGAAGAGGAGUGAGUGGCCAUGCCAAUCACACAGCCCUCCAUAAAGCUGUCAGCCAUCUUGCUUCUACUGGACAAGUACCCAACGACUGCUGUCUGCUCUCCCUUGUGACUGUUGGCCUCCUCAGGAAGUACACCUCCUUCCUGGAGCUCCCUCUCAGCUGGCUGCUGCCCUCAUGUCUGUGCUGUGUUAUAGGCUCACAGGGAUACAGGCAAGCCAAAGAUGCCAUGUUUUGCCAUCGCUCUCAACUCCUGUGGUUUCGUUACCUUUACAUCGCCUUCUCUCGGUACAUGUUCAUAAACACAUUCCAAAUUAUCCCACAAGGACCCAAGAACCUGAAGAUCUAUUAAAGUUUAGUUCAUCCAGAUGAUCUGAUUGUUACUGUGUUAGUCGUCCCACUGCCUAACUAACUGUGGUCGGAGUGAAUGUACUAGCUGUUUAUAAAUCUGAUGAGCUAUUUUGCUCACAGUGUAAUGUGGCCUUUUUUCAAAAGCACUUUCCAUAAAUACAGCUGGCAAUAAAACACAAAAAAAUAACACAAACAGAACAUAUUUAUUGUUUUGAGUCAUAACACUGUAUAAAACCAAUUUAUCUUAUUAUUUCAAAGAUAUUGUACAGUAUUUACAGUUAAUAAAAAAGUUUGAUUCUUG